AUGGGAGAGAAUGUGUGUGAGGAAGAGGAAUGGAUGCUUUCGAAUUUAGUCGAAAACGAAAAGGUUACAGAGGUUGAGGAGGAGGAGGAAGAAGAAGAAGCGUUGUCGCUGUGUGAUCUUCCUAAUAAAGAAGAGAAUCAGUCCAAGAAAGAAUCUCCGGGAGCCUGCGGCGGCGAAUCUCAAGAAGACGUCGUCGCCGACGACUUUGAUUUUUGCUGGUGGGGUGGUUCUUCUUCGUUUAAGGAAUCGGAAAUGUGCGCGGCUGAUGAGGUGUUCUUUCAAGGCCAGAUUUUGCCCCUCCGCCACUCAAUCAGCUCCGACGGCGGCGGCUCUCUCGCCGGAAGUUUCAAGAACAACGGCGCCCCCCGCUGCCAUUCUUUCCGGUACACCAGUGGAAGAAGUAGCAGAAGUAGCAGCUUAAGAAGCCUCCGGUCAUCUAGCAGCGGCAGUUCAUCAACCUGCACCACAACGACAACCAUUCAUUCCAACAAUAGCAAGAAACAAGCAAUCAUUCGAAACCAAACUACUCCCCAGCAGGUUCGAUUCUCCAAGGUUGUCUCAUCAUCACAUGCAAACGUAAUAAACAACAAUUGCAGCAGCCGAAAGUCGUCGUCGAUUACCCUCUGGACCCUUUUCCGAGCCGGCCUAGUUUCCACGCCGGAAAUUGAUUUCCAGGACCUCAAAAUCCGACAACACAAACCCUUUGGCAGCCGCAACAACAACAACAACAACACCAACGCUGCUCGAGUCAGCGUUAAGCGGAAUCUGAAGCACAGAUUCUCCCACAAGAACAUCAUCUUAUUCGGCAGCGCUUGCAGUUGCUCAGUUAACGAUGUCCGAACAGUCCCUCCAAGAACGGUCGGACGAAAUUCCAGUGCAAAAGAGGCGCCGCAUGAAGACAAGAACAGCGAGACAACAAAGGUGAUGAGAAAACGAUCCAUGUCGCGCCGUCUCAGAACCUUUGAAUGGCUAAAGCAGCUUUCACUAGAAGGUCCUGCAGCCACCACGACAACAACAUUGUAG